CGAGACAAAGACGUACUUGUGUGAAGUAAGUAAGCCAUGUGUUGGCAGUUUAACAGCUUUCCUGUUUUGGAUUAUGGAGUGAAAUGAUCACAGAUAAUCUCUCACCCAAGUGGAUUAGAAGACUUUUUAAAGCCAAUAGUUACAUUAAAUUUGAAUUAGGAGUAUUAGAUCAAAAGGGGUCGAUUAUAAAAUGCAAGCCAAAUUUUUUAAAACGUUGCCUCUAAAGUAGUUGAGCACUUGUAAUCUUUUCCUCCAACAACAUCACUUUGCGUUGGUCCGUCUCACACAAUUCUGAAAGGAUACAUUCCACUUUGCGGUUGUACUGUGGAAAAUAUCAGAAGGUAGGGUUACUUUUGCAAUUGUACACUUUGAGUCAUCGAUGUGGAGUCUUGUAAGUCUUUCUGCCUGUUUCUUUCUUCCACGUCACAUUCCUCUCAGCUGGAUAGAGCGGGCCAUUGAUCCUGCAGAACAGUUCUAUUAUGUCUGGUUGCAAGUGAUGAUAGUGCCGAUUGUUUACAACUGCGUAAUCAUCAUUUUAAGGACCUGCUUCACAGCGAUUGGUCUGAGCUAUCUUCCUGUGUGGCUCACGCUGGACUAUGUGUCAGACCUCAUGUACGCUGCUGACAUGACUGUCACUCUGCAUACUGGCUUCCUGGAUCAAGGAAUCCUCAUCAAAGACCUGACUCGCCUCAGGAAGCGCUACCUGCGCUCCAAACAUUUCAUGUGGGACUUAGUUUCCCUGCUGCCCACUGACUUCCUCUACUUUGCCUUUGGCUUUGAGACGCCCUUGGUGAGGAUCAACCGGCUUGUCCGUAUCCCGCGGCUCAAUGAGGCCCUGGAUCGGAUGGAGACAAGAACCUCCUACCCUAACACUUUCCGCAUCAUAAAGCUCAUGAUCUACAUCUUUGUGCUGAUCCACUGGAAUGCCUGUCUUUACUUUGCUCUGUCGAAUUACAUCGGCUUUGGAAGCGAUCAGUGGGUCUACCCCAACAUCACUGACCCGAUGUUUGCCUCCAUGCGGCGCCAGUACUUUUACUGCUUCUGGUUCUCAGCCCAGAUUUUCACCACCGUAGGAGACACCCCUCUGCCAAUCAGGGAGGAUGAGUAUUUAUUCAUGAUUGCAGACAUGCUCAUUGCCGUGCUGGUGUUCGCAUCGAUUGUCGGGAAUGUCGGGAAUGUCAUCACGAGCUUAAGGGACAGAGACAAUGUCUUUUUCCCCAACCACGAGUUGGUCAAAGCAUACCUGCGUAGCCACCACGUUAGCAAGGAGCUUCGACAGCGCAUUGACAACUGGUACCAGCAUCUUCACAUCAACAAGAAGAUUAUGCGGGAGAACGAAAUCCUGCAGCAGCUGCCGUUGCACAUGAGGACAGAGAUCGCCGUCAGCGUCCACCUCCCGACUCUUUCUAAAGUCACCAUCUUCCAGAGCUGUGAGAAAAGUCUGCUGGAGGAUCUGGUUCUUAAGCUCACACCUCAGGUGUUCAGCCCAGGAGAGUAUGUCUGCAGGAAGGGAGACGUGGGCCACGAAAUGUACAUCAUCAAAGAAGGGAAGCUCGCAGUUGUAGCAGAUGACGGCGUUACAGAGUUUGCGGUGCUGAGUGCGGGGAAUUUCUUUGGAGAAAUCAGCAUCCUUAACAUCAAAGGUAACAAGUCGGGUAACCGUCGCACUGCCAACAUCAAGAGCAUCGGCCACUCCGACCUGUUCAGCCUUUCCAAAGAGGACCUGACCGACGUGCUGUCUGAGUUUCCUGCAGCCAAGCGUCACCUGGAGGAGAAAGGCCGGCAGAUCCUUAUCAAGAUGGGGAUGUUGGAGGAAAGGGCCGAGGUGGAGGAGGUGGAGGCUGAGAAGGUUGAGACAAAGAUAGAGAGGCUGGAGAGCAGCCUGGAAGUCCUGCGGACCAAACUGGCCCGGCUCAUGGUGGAGCUGGAGUCGAGCAACAGGAAGACGAGGGCCAGAGUGGAGCAGCUGGAGAUGCGGGUCGCUGUGCUGCACAUUCACCUGCCACCUGGUGAGGAAGGAGGGGAGGGGGGCUCAGGAAGAGAGGACGGGGUCGGAGGAGAAGCUGACUGGGAGCGGGAGGAAGCAGAGGGAGAGGAGGAGGGUGCGGAGGAAAAUGGGGGAAAGCAGGGAGGUAAUGGCGAUAAUGAUGUGACCAAAGAAGGAGACGGUGAGAGCACUAAAAGUACAAAGGAUGAGACUGAAAGAGUGGCGGUGGGGAAUAAAUUUGAUCUGAAGGACUCAGACUGUCUGAAAGGCAAAGAAAGUGAUGGAGAGAAAAUCAUAGAGAAAGGAGACGAAAGACCUGGGAAAGGUGAUGGAGCUGAGAUUGAACCGAGGAAUCAAAAACACGACGGAGAAUCGGUGGACAAGGAAUACCAAAGAAGACUCAGACGAAAAAGGCGCGCAGGGUUCAAAUUAAAAGAAAAUAAAAGUUAAACAUUUUCAGUGUAAGUUAAACAUGUUUAGAAUAGCACAGGGUCAGUGAGAGGAGUAUUUUGUGUGUGUGUGGAGUAUAUCAAGGAGACGCGUCUGUUUUGAAGUCACUAAAAGUUCUGCUGUAAUACACCCAUCUUUCCCUAGAUGGCAGCAUUGCAUCUCCCAAACCAGAAUUGUAGUUUAUGUUAACCUUUCUAACCAUUAUGGAGAUGUGUGAUUUUUCAUGCAUUGACAUAUAUUAUAUAUGUAAUAUAAACAAUUAUUUGACAAGUUGUGGCACAACACUGUUCUUUUUUUAUUCUGCAUUAUGUAUAUCUUUGUUAUUUUCUUGUGAUUAAAAUAAACAUUUAUUUAUUUUCAUUUUAUUACAAAUCAAAUUUACUUCACUGUUUAAAAUAUACCAGUGAAGAAAAUUUACUGUAUUCCCCCCCCCCCCCCCCCCCCCCCCACCCGUCAUGUGUAACGUAAUGUGAUAUAUUUUUCAAAUCUAAAAUUUUGUGUGUUACUUUAGUCAAUGUACUCUUGGUUUGUAUUUCAAAAUAUUUUUUUAAUUGUUAAAUUAAGUUGAGAUAAUUAAAAUUUACUAAACCAAACCAUAUCAUCUCGAGUUUACUUGAUGUUUGUAAAAUUGGGCUGCACCUAUAGGCCCAGUUGGUAGCACUUUUAUCUUGCAGCAAGAAGGUCCUGGAUGGCGUUUGCAUGUCUCCCCCUUUUAUUUUAUUAUUUCUUUUUAAGGAAAAUAAAAGUAAAGUAAAUGUCUAACUACCUUAUUCUGGAGCUGUGAUGUUACGUUCAAGCUGUAUCUAAAACCCCAUAACUAAGAAUUACUUUACAUUUUACAUAAUAAAACGAAAUGAAAUCAAACCAAAAUAAGCCACCUAUUUAUCUUCUGAACUGUAUUUAUUUAG